UGGUAGGAACGAUAUUAAUAAACAGGUCCAAUGUCAAAUGAAAUGGGUCGCAAAGAAACACGUUACCUGCAGACUUUAAACUGUGAUUCAAUGGCCCAGCAAACCAUGAAAAUGCGACCAGUGCUGCUGAAGAGGAACAGCCUGGACUCGGCGGAUUUUGUGAGACCCCCCCAGCACCGCAGGACCAAAUCCCAGCAGGUGAGGUUCAAGGAGGAUGGUGUCAGCACCAAGGCGGAGCUGGGAGCUCAUCCUGCCCCAGACACAGCACUCACAGCUGCAAAAACACAACUCUUUAGGGAUCACAGCUUUCUGCUAACUCAGUCCCCGACUUUUCCAAGGGCUCAGAAGGGGCUUCGGAAUAUUGCCAUACAAACUUCUCCCAGCCUCAGGAAACACUUCCCCGUUUUUAAAAGGAAAAGGCUGACAGUGAGCAAAUCACUGACAGAAAUGCCAGCGGAGCCUGCAAACUCUAUCCAGGUAAAUGGCAGCCUCUGUGAACCAGACAUUCUGUCCUCAGAGCUCUGCUACUUGAGGAUAAGUCAUCACUUGGAGGAUGGGUGCAGGAAUAGCGAGGUGGGCUUGGGGCAGAGGUCAUCAAAAGCACAAAGCAAUGGGCCGAGGUACUCGGAUGAGUUCUCAGUGUCAGACAAGACAACUGCAUCCACACAGGUGCCUGAAUACAUUCAUGUGAGUUCCCCACAAGACAGAAACGUUCCCCCGGAUGCACCAGACACAGCCACAGUCUCGAGUAAUUCACUGCAUUCUUCUGCCGUCAUCAACAGCAACGAAAGUCAUGAAAACAGCACACUGUCGUCUGAUUCUGACAGAGCAGAGCCUUGCCUAAGCAAUUCUGUGAGCUGCAGUGAAUGUAACCCCCACUCUGCUGCUGGUGAAGUGGAGAAAAGCAAUUCUGAGCUGCCCGGAGCCAGUAAAGAUGCCAGCAGUAAGGAAACUACUCCACUGUCACCCUCAUCAAAUCCCAGCUCAUCUCCCUGUUUCCUCAGAGACUGUCACCAGGCAGGAGAGCACAAGCCAGAUUCCAGCUGUGUGACAUUACCAAGUGAUGACUUCCCAACAGUGUCACCCACCAGCAGCAACGCAUCCAAACCCUGUCUGUCAUCUAACACUGAAAUCGAGAAAAAUUCCACCCAGUCAGAUGUUUCCCAGUGUAACAGCUGCUUAGAAGGAUUUCACAGAAAGUCUCAUCUGCCAAGGAAUGAAAUGAACCCGCAAAGCAACAAAGAGAUUAACGAAAUAAAUCAAAUUCACUUGGAACAUGGCGAACUCUGUGCCCUACAAGGCAGGCUGCAGUCUGUAGAGGAAUCCUUGCAGUCGAACCAGGAGAAGAUUAAAGUCCUUUUGAAUGUAAUCCAAGACCUGGAAAAAUCCAGAGCCCUCAGUGAAGGGCGUAACUUCUACCACACGGGGCAGGACCUCAACAACUGCAGCACCUGCCAGAACACGGCGUGCAUCAUUUACAGUGUAGAAUAUGACUUCAGACAACAAGAAGGAAGAUUUCAUCAGAUUUUGAAAACACUGGACAAUGCAGAGCAAAAUCCAGCUUCAGCUUCACCUCAGAAGCCACCACCUGAUCCUCCAGCUCCCGAGAAAAAGGAGUUAAGGAGAAAGACAAAAAAGGUGAAAAGAAAAUGCUUCUGGUGGAUUUGACUUCCUCAUGCAUCCUUUUACAUUUCAAAAGACAUUAAAACAGAAAGAGCUCGAGAGCACACACCUGAAAAUGUGCUAUUAUGAAAUCACAAAGGUUAAGAAUGUUUAAUUAGAGUAUCUGAAAAAUUAAAAUAAUUAAAUUAAUUUAAAUCAGCUCGCUGAAUAAAGGUGCAUGAAGGUACUAUUUUCAAGAAAAGAAAUUGUUUCUUUCAAAAGGAAGUUCU